ACGUCUCAGUAGAGGGGUCGGCCUCCUCACUCUGCCAAAGCCAGCGCUGAUGCAAGAUGGACCUGAAGGCUGUGCUGAUCUGGACCUGUGCACUCAUCUCUCAAGUUCGAUCCCUGAUGUGCAACAACUGCUUCUCUGAUGCCGGCGGCACCUGCCAUGAUGUCCAGGGGCCGUGUCCUGACGCCUGUGCCAGUGUGAGGAUUGCCACAUACGUAGGAGAAUGGAGGAAAGGUGUGAUGAACAUGAAGACCUGCUCCACCGCUGAUAUAUGUGUCAUGGGCUCACUUAACUUUGGCACUAAAAGGGUUAAGGUGGAGAGCACCUGCUGCACCACUGACCUCUGCAACGACCAACCUCCUCCAGAGUAUCUUAAAGACAUCUCUAAUGGGAAGAGGUGUUUCACCUGCAAAGGUGGAGACUGUAAUUUAACUGUGGAGUGUUUGGGGAAUGAAGAUCGCUGUGUCACGUCCACAUCUACAGAGGCUGAUCAGAGACCCCCGCGUACUCAGAAGGGAUGUGUGUCUGCAUCCAUCUGCCAGCAGAGGGACUCGAGCCACUUUCUAGCCAGCAUGGCGGACAGCCUGGACUGCUGUGAGGGGGACCUGUGCAACGGCGUGCAGGGGACCAAUCAGAACGCAGGAAACAUGGGUCAUGUGACCAAGAGCAACACACAGAACCUCCUUCUUUUGCUGCUGAUGUGUUUGGCUUCCAGUGAUCUUGUCUCUUGAGCUCACACCUCUCUGCCUCCGAUGUGUGUGUGUGUGUGUGUGUGUGUGUGUGUGUUCACACCUCUCUAACUCUGAUGUGUGUGUG